AUGUCUUCGGGCCACGUGACCGCCCAAGACAACCAACUGGACGCUGUGGAGGGUAGUUUCUCUCCGUCUGGAGAUGGGGAUGAUCUCCUACAACUGCAGGAAAAUUACAGGCUAUCACAUGUUGACGGUGUUGGAGAUGCUGUGCAUGUGCAGGAAGAUUGCUUAGCGGAUGGGCUUUCAAAUGGAUCUAUCAUCAGCGUAAACAUGGAUGAUGAGGAAGAUUGCCUAGCAGAUGGGGGUAACGUGGAUGAUGAGGACAAGGGAAAACAAGGGCAUCUCUCACGAGAAGAACUUCACAGCGAAGACAGCCCAGCCAGCCCAGCUGGCGUUUGCCCAACAAUGCAUGGCGAGUGGCAGAGUGAGGGCUUCGCCGGCCACAUGAACGACAAAACGUUGCUGCACUUGCAGAACUUUUGCAGCGACCGUGAUUCCAGGUGCUGGCGGAUACUUCUUCCGAUUUGUUGCAUGACCAUCUUUGGAGCGAGUUUGGCACUGGUUGUGCUUUGGGCCUUUGUUUUCUUUCCCUUUCAGAAGCCAGAGAUGGGUUUUUGGGGAAAUUGGAUGUUCAACUUUGUGGCGCAUCCUGUUGCAAACUACAUCGUUGCUCGAGGGGUCAUUGGGUGGUUCGCGAGACAAAUCUUGUGGGACCUGGAGAGCAGGCCUUCUUUGUGCAAAGCGCAAAGACCAGAGAUUACAAGACAAGUUGAGAGAUCUCUGCAUUUGGCGCCGAUAGCAGACUCACUUUGGUGUGCCAGCGAGCACGUGCUCUUGUCCUUUGCGAAUGUUUACCCAAUUCCAUUCUCAACGGUGCUCUCAUGCACCCCAGCAGCAUUUUCGAGCAUGGGAGUUUUCUACCUCCUCCUUCCCAAAGAGGUGCGAGCUCUCCAGAGCACGGCGAGCUUCGCAAAGUUCACGUUUAGCUCUUGGUCAGCGUAUUUCUUUCUCUAUGCUGGGAUGCUUUUCUAUACAGCCUUUUUCAGCAAGGUGGAGAUGGGAGUGCAGUUAGCCAUGAGCUUAGCUCUUUCCACAAUCGAGCUCUCCGUGGUUACCAUCUCCAGGACUUUGGGCAUGUGGUGGAACAUUCCUGUCCACGUUGUGCGGGAGAUGCGGACUUGCAUCAAACUUCCAGUGGUCAUCUUCAAAGCCUCCAUGUUAUCUGAGGCCAAGGGAAUUUGGGUGUUUCUCAGCCUGGUUCUACCAGAAGCCGUGCAAAUUUUGAGUUCUGUUGGUUUGGUGCUCUUUGAUCUCUUGUCGAACAAUCAAGAGACUGAACAAGCCUUGGCCAUGGCCAAUAUAAGGAACAUAAGGUCCACACAGCAAGUCGCACAAACCUGUCGCACGUCAUACCGUGGAUUGAAGGGCGUGCGACGAAGGUUGAAAGAGAUUGCUCAAAGCUGUGAACAGAUUUCAAAGAAGGAUCUUCAUCAGAUAAGUUGGGCAAAGGAAGAUGUCAAAUUGCUGAAUGAAGUCUCCAGCUCACUCUCAGCUGUCGUCAUGUUGGAAGUAUGUGAGAUAAUGGCCCCUUUGAUUUACAUAUGUCUUUUAUUGUGCUUGCAAAGCAGCACUUUCUUGGGACACAACAGCUCUUACUAUCUGGGAUUGGCAGAUGCCAAUUUAGAGGAAAGUCUCAUCGCGAACAGCUACAGCCUUUUGCUUGAAGUAAUUCUGUUGCUGGUCACGGAGCUGUGCAUGAGGGCGGUGAUUGGAAUGAGCUUCUGUAGCUUCAUCGGCUUCGUUCUCCGUUGUGAUUUCAGUUUCUGGUUGAGUACGCUCUCGAUGGCGUACAUUACUUGGCUAACGAUGUUGGUCCAGCACACUGGACACGAUUAUACAUUUCAAUUUUCUUGGCUGAAAACUGCCCUCAGUCUAUAA